AUGUACCCAUCUGUCUCGUCCGAGCUGGGUCACCCUGACCCGGUUGUCUCUCGCCAAGAGCACCCUUUCCACAAACUGCUGUUCCUGGCGGGGGCGAGACAGUCUCUCAGGGAAGGGACCCGCCGGCCCAGGAGGUCUUCCUGCUCUUCCUCCAUCCUCUCCUCCGCUGGGCAUGGGCCUCUGCGGCGGUAUGGGCGCUCAGAUAGCUAUCGCGUGGCAACCACGCAAGACAAGAAUGAUGACAGCUCCUCGCCGAAGAAGACCAAAGCACAGCAGAAGGUCCGAGAUCUGGAUGAUCUCAAGAAGGAAGUGGCGAUGACGGAGCACAAAAUGUCUAUUGAGGAGGUGUGCAGAAAAUACAACACAGACUGUGUGCAGGGUCUGACCCACAGCAAAGCUGCAGAGAUUCUGGCCCGAGAUGGCCCUAAUGCACUUACCCCACCACCCACCACUCCUGAAUGGGUGAAGUUUUGUCGACAGCUCUUUGGGGGUUUCUCCAUUCUCUUGUGGAUUGGGGCCAUCCUUUGCUUCCUGGCCUACGGCAUCCAGGCAGGGACAGAGGACGACCCAGCAGGGGACAACUUGUACCUCGGUAUUGUCUUGGCUGCUGUUGUCAUCAUCACCGGUUGUUUCUCCUACUAUCAAGAAGCCAAAAGCUCUAAGAUUAUGGAGUCUUUCAAGAACAUGGUGCCCCAGCAAGCCCUGGUCAUCCGGGAAGGAGAGAAGAUGCAGCUUAAUGCCGAAGAUGUGGUGGUUGGUGAUCUAGUAGAGGUGAAAGGAGGAGACAGAGUGCCAGCUGAUCUAAGGAUCAUCUCAGCUCAUGGCUGUAAGGUGGAUAAUUCUUCCUUGACUGGUGAGUCAGAGCCACAGACUCGGUCCCCUGACUGCACUCAUGACAACCCUCUGGAAACAAGGAAUAUUACUUUCUUCUCUACCAACUGCGUAGAAGGCACAGCACGUGGGGUUGUCAUUGCUACUGGAGACCGCACAGUGAUGGGCCGAAUUGCCACCUUAGCCUCUGGCCUGGAGGUGGGCAAGACCCCCAUUGCUAGGGAGAUAGAACAUUUCAUCCAGUUGAUCACUGGCGUGGCUGUCUUCCUGGGUGUUUCCUUCUUCGUCCUCUCCCUGAUCCUGGGCUACUCCUGGCUGGAAGCUGUCAUUUUCCUUAUUGGCAUCAUUGUGGCCAACGUUCCGGAGGGGCUUCUGGCGACUGUCACUGUCUGCCUGACAUUGACCGCCAAGCGUAUGGCUCGCAAGAACUGCUUGGUGAAGAACUUGGAAGCUGUAGAGACCUUGGGCUCUACCUCAACCAUCUGCUCGGACAAGACAGGGACCUUGACUCAGAACAGGAUGACUGUCGCCCACAUGUGGUUUGACAACCAGAUCCAUGAAGCUGAUACCACUGAGGAUCAGUCUGGAACGGCCUUCGAUAAGAGCUCUGCCACCUGGGUGGCCUUGUCCCACAUCGCAGGGCUUUGCAACCGAGCUGUCUUCAAGGGAGGUCAGGAGAACGUGCCCAUCCUCAAGCGUGACGUGGCUGGAGACGCUUCUGAAUCAGCCUUGUUGAAGUGCAUCGAACUCUCUUCCGGGUCUGUCAAGCUAAUGAGGGAGAAAAACAAAAAAGUGGCUGAGAUCCCCUUCAACUCCACCAACAAAUACCAGCUCUCGAUUCAUGAAACCGAAGACCCCAACGAUAACCGCUACCUGCUGGUGAUGAAGGGUGCCCCCGAGCGCAUCCUGGACCGAUGCUCCACCAUCUUGCAUCAAGGCAAAGAACAGCCUCUUGAUGAAGAGAUGAAAGAAGCUUUCCAGAAUGCUUACCUGGAGCUUGGAGGCCUCGGCGAGCGAGUGCUGGGUUUCUGCCACUAUUAUCUGCCUGAGGAGCAGUACCCCAAAGGUUUUGCUUUCGACUGUGACGACGUUAACUUCUGCACUGAGAACCUCUGUUUCGUGGGGCUGAUGUCCAUGAUUGACCCACCCCGAGCUGCUGUCCCCGAUGCUGUAGGGAAAUGCCGAAGUGCUGGCAUCAAGGUAAUCAUGGUAACCGGCGACCAUCCCAUCACAGCCAAGGCCAUUGCCAAAGGUGUGGGAAUUAUCUCUGAGGGCAACGAGACAGUGGAAGACAUUGCUGCACGACUGAACAUCCCAGUCAGCCAGGUCAACCCCAGAGAUGCCAAAGCCUGUGUGAUCCAUGGCACAGAUCUGAAAGACAUGACCGCUGAGCAGAUUGACGAGAUCCUACAGAACCACACUGAGAUCGUCUUUGCGCGGACCUCCCCUCAACAGAAGCUGAUCAUCGUUGAAGGUUGUCAGAGACAGGGCGCCAUCGUGGCUGUAACAGGGGAUGGAGUGAAUGACUCCCCUGCCUUGAAAAAGGCGGAUAUUGGGGUUGCCAUGGGCAUUGCUGGCUCUGACGUCUCCAAGCAGGCAGCGGACAUGAUCCUCUUAGAUGACAACUUUGCCUCUAUUGUCACUGGAGUUGAAGAGGGACGCCUGAUCUUCGACAAUCUGAAGAAAUCCAUCGCCUACACCUUGACCAGCAACAUCCCUGAGAUUACCCCCUUCCUGCUGUUCAUUAUGGCCAACAUCCCUUUGCCUUUGGGAACCAUCACCAUCCUCUGCAUUGAUUUGGGCACUGACAUGGUACCGGCCAUCUCUUUGGCUUAUGAAGCAGCAGAGAGCGACAUCAUGAAACGACAGCCACGAAACCCCAGGACGGACAAAUUGGUGAAUGAGCGUCUCAUCAGCAUGGCCUACGGGCAAAUCGGAAUGAUCCAGGCAUUGGGGGGUUUCUUCUCGUACUUUGUGAUCUUGGCUGAGAACGGCUUCCUCCCUUCUGUCCUGGUGGGCAUCCGUCUUAAUUGGGACGAUCGGACAGUCAAUGACUUGGAAGAUUCCUAUGGACAGCAAUGGACCUACGAGCAGCGCAAGGUGGUUGAAUUCACCUGCCACACGGCUUUCUUCGUCAGCAUCGUGGUGGUGCAAUGGGCAGACUUGAUCAUCUGCAAAACCAGAAGGAAUUCAGUCUUCCAGCAGGGUAUGAGAAACAAGAUCCUUAUUUUUGGACUAUUUGAAGAAACUGCCUUGGCCGCCUUCCUCUCCUAUUGUCCCGGCAUGGACGUAGCUCUGAGGAUGUAUCCCCUGAAGCCUAGCUGGUGGUUCUGCGCCUUCCCAUACAGUUUCCUCAUUUUUGUGUAUGACGAAAUUCGUAAGCUCAUACUGCGUCGCAAUCCCGGAGGAUGGGUAGAGAAAGAAACCUACUAUUGAAUCUCUUUCCGUCUCUGUUGCCAGUUGUCUCCCCGCUGCUGGGAGGGAGUGCUCCCCCCUCUAAAAUUCUGCCUACCCCCCUACCUUGAUUAUGAGAGAGGCUGUAAUGCCGGGAUUAUACGCUCGGACAUAGACGCAACAAGCCAAGCCCACCGCCCACCCCGUGCUCAUUUCCCCACCCUGGGCAGAUAAGAUGGGCAGUCUGCCCCGUCUCAUUCUGCAUGCAUGUCCCAGACUGGAGGGGUGGGGAAAAGAAUACCCCCCCUAUCUGUUCCCCCCUUCCUCUCUGCAAUUUACCCCCUUUUUUCUUUUCUUUUUUUAGAAGCAGCCUGGGGGAGCAGACGUACGGGCGCGAGAGAAAAUUGGGGAGAUGGGGCAAUAUUUAUUUACCUCUGCAAAUCCAUCCUCUCCCACGUCAAAUCCCCUUCCAUAGCUGGGUUUGAACCGGGGGACCAGCAGCAGCACCCUAGAAUGACAUGCCUCGGAUACACCUGCCAGUCAGGGCAAGGUUUGGGGGGGGAGGGAGGAGAGGGCG